AUGACACGUACAUCAGAGAACUGUGCCUUACCCCUGACAGCUGUCGUCGCCAUGCUGACCUGUGUGUUGCUCCAGGGGGCCCAGGCAGGAGUGGUGGGGGACUUCAACCAUGUGGAGCGCUGUAAGGACUCUCUGUACAUGGGCACUCCACCUCGAGGGUACCUCAGCAACUCUUUUACGAAGAUCUGCCAGAGGUACGAGGAUAAACCCCGGUACAUCACGUUGUAUGACCCCCACAAACAUAUCCCCGUCUAUUCUGCCUAUACAUUCAAGAAGUCAGAUGGGGAGAAGAAGGUGGACUUCCCAUGGAUGUUUGAGCCUCAGCUGGCCUCAGAAAAGAGCAGCAGUAACAUGGAGCCCUUCCCCCAAUCUUCAAGCAUGCAUAUGAACUUUGAGGACACCCAGGCAGUCCUGGAGGACUACGCUGAUGUGGUUCAGUACGAACGUGGCCAGCUAAACCCUGACGAGCAUCAGGCAGACCCUAUGGACAAAGCCUCCACCUACAGCUUGACCAAUGUGGUACCCCAGUUCAGGGAGUUCAACAUUGGUCCCUGGACAGAACACCAGGACCUCAUUCGCAAACGUCUCAACAACUACUGCCGCGGCAAAGCCUUCGUUGUCACCGGGGUCACCACCUCCGGGCACACAAUCCGUCGCAACAACCUGGACCGGGUGGCUGUACCGGAGUACAUGUGGUCGGCCUACUGCUGCACCGAGUUUGACCAAAAUGCUCCAUACUUUGUGCGCUACAAGUUCCCUGUGUUUGCAGCUUAUGGGCUGAACGAUCGUGUCAACAACCACAUGGUGGAAGUUCCUCUCAAGAACCUGGAGAAGUUUCUCAAAGGGAGGAUGGAUGUUGAUAAGAACUUCCAGAUAUUCUAUAAUGACUGUGUGCCAGAUAACUGA